AUGGCACCCCCUGCCAACAUCCUCAACCAAACACUUCGAAGCGUCAUCACUGAUGAAAUGUACACGAAGUUCUUUGAGAGCCUGCAGACCGCAGCUGCAAGGCUUGAGCAGGUGGCAAAGGUGGACGGGCUGGGCAGGGUCCGGAUGGUGGAUCAUAUGAGGAAUAAGUUCGAAUUGUACAUUCUACAUUCUUUCUCCUCCGAUCUCCAUCUCGAGGAUCCGCAGGGACGACAUGCGUCUAUGAUGACUCGUCAGCAAGCUCUCGAGUGGGAUGCUGAGAGCCCUGCUGAAGGCACGUGCUUCUACCAUAACGCUCUUUCCAAGAUCCCGAAAGGUUUUUCAACAGUCUGGGAGAAAGUGAGGUGUCACCAGGGACCGAUGGAGGAAUUGAAGGUCAAUGACAGGAAAGAUGUCGCGCUGAUUCAAUCGUACGACGACCGAAUGGUGCUCGGCAAAAUCAUUACGCCUGUUAAGUCUGGUCUAUCACUCAGCUUUCAUAUCGAGGAUCCGUCUGGCGCUGCCUUCCCUGUUGUCAUCAGAUUCCCCACACCCAUCCCUCAUUUUUCCCUCUCUCUCCCUGAUACUCUCGCCAAGCUCUACCCUAUCGGCGCGAUCUUGGUCAUCAAAUCCCCUCGGACAGGCUUCUUGAGUGGCGGGCGGCUGGGUAUCACGGUGGAUACGCCGUAUGAGAUCGAAGAGUUGCACCCAAAUGACCCCUUCUUGGAGGGAGUCGCUCUCCGCCUCCACUCUCUCGCUCUGUCCGACCCCGAGGUCAAAUCGAGUCGAGUCAAAACCUUCAAACUCCUCCUCAACCGUACCGAAGCCUAUCUGGCUCUCGACCUACAUGGCGCCGCCUAUCGCGAUGCUAACAGAGCUCGGGAGACUAUCGAGAGCAACGACAUCGCCCUCACCUCAGAUGAACGAGAUCGUCUCCAGCUCCGACUCGCCAAAGCCGCCCUGGGACAUCGCCUUUACAAUGCCGCGCUUCAGGCUUGCGACCAGGCUUCUCCCAAGUCGCUUCUCUCGGAAGAGAUUCAGACGGUGAAGGAAAGGGUACAGAUGAGGUUGAAAGAGCAGAAGUUUGGUGUAUACGACUGGAUGGCCCUCUUCCGAGAGUCGUUGGAAGCGCCGCUGAUGGAGAUGGACGUCGCCGACUACAUGUCCCCCGCUUGUCAAGUAGCUCAGGUCCCCGGAUGUGGCCGAGGUGUCAUCGCUGCCCGAGACAUUGUCCCCGGCGAGCUCAUCAUGGCCAUCAAAGCAGUCGCCUCGUCUUGCGCCAAGAUCGAUUCUCCUGGCGUGUAUGUCAACUGUAUCGAUGCCGGAUCGCUGAGACACGUGCCGUACGAUGUCUACACCUGGAUCUAUCGGUUGGUGUUCAAGUUGCACGAUGACCCUUCGCUUAUUACCCAUCUCACAAACCUUUACUCGGAAAUCAUGUUUGUUCGUACCACCAAACACAUCCCCCAAGGCGACGAGAUCCUCAUGUCCUACAUUCAAGAAAAUCCUUCGCAAUCCUCGCGACUCUUGGAUCUGGCCAACUGGAAUAUUGACUGCGCCUGUACCCUCUGCCGAGCCGAUAGUAGCCCCGACGACGAUCACAAACGACGAGGACAGCUCAUGAAAGUCAAUCGCGGGCUACUUAACUCCACUACCGUCCUGUUCAGCGAGGUGAAAAAGGGCGAGAAGGAGCAGCACAGGCGCAAGGCGGAGGAUCUGGAGAAGCUGGCUCGGGAUGUUGAACAGACCUAUGCGAGAGACAGACGUCAGGAUACUAAGGGGCAUCUGGCAGAGAUCUAUCACAUCAUGGGGAGAGACUACUUUAGCUCGGGACAAGAGCCGAAGGCAAUAGAGGCGCUCAUCCAUUCCCUCGAAUACACUGGUGUCACUCUUACGACUUUGGAACAAGAACGACAGCUUGGGCGAAAGGUUUACGACAGCCAUAGUAUGGAUGAGCAUAUCUUUUUCGAUAUCUUGGUUCUGGCGAUGAUGGAAGGAGCCAGGGACCCAGAGGAAGGAUCCAAAUGGGCUCGCUCAGCUCUAUGGAUGCACGACGUGAAAUACGGCGGAGGAUUGGAGCUGUUUAUGGUACGAUACGGCGAUUUCGUGGCCUCUUCGGACAUCAUGUUCGACUGGCUGGGUUGA